AUGAAAAUCAUCGGAAUAAUUCUGAAAUUGCUCAUCGCUCAUGUCAACUGCCAAUUUUCGGAUUUUCGCGGCAAUCCGAAUCCGGACGUGCUGACCGAAUUGCAAAAUGAAGUUCGAUUCGGCACUUGUGGCGAUCCGGACGGUAAGUGAUCGUCUACUGUUGAGUAGUACUGUUGAGGAGAAAAACGACGCGUAUAACUUGAGAAUACGUGAUUUUGCUGCUAAACGAUCAAUUACAAAGUUGUUCAGAACAAAAUUUCCAACAACUUUUCAGUUGGCAACUUUUUGCUACAAUCGAUGGUUGUAGAGAUAGAGGCUUUUAAAGAUAGGUCUUAAAUUGUUAAUUCCAGCCAGCCGACUAUGGAUUGCCAAAAUAAUGACGAAGGAAAUGGCGGCGAACAUAAAACGAAUUUCCCCAAAACUUCCGACAACCACACGUGCUCCGAGCACUUUCAUGAGCACAAUGAGCACAAGCACUGACAGUUCGACGAGCGGCUCCACGGACUCGACAAGUACCACGUUUAGUACCACCGACACUGACAGUACUAGCACUAUUACUAGUACCAGUACUAGUACCAGUGCUAGUACUAGUACUAGUACCAUUACGAGUACCUCUACUAGUACUAGUACUACAAUGGUCUCAAAUUCCACUAGCGACAGUACAACUGAUGGGACCACGGUGGAUAUGAGCAGUACUUUGACAUUUUCAACGUCAACGGAGCCGUCAACGGAGCCCUCAACUGGUAUGUACCAGAGUUGAGCGGAAGAACUCAACGGAAGAAUUUUUAUCUUUUUUAGAAAUUUUUUUCAUAGAAUGUGAUCAACUGAUGAAAUGUAUAGCAAAGUGAACUCUGUUCAUAGAAAAAUAAUUGUAAAUUUAGCUUUUCAUACAAAAAAGUUAUUCGAGUUGUUCCGUGAAAAAGGGGGCUAACGGAAGAGGGAAGGAAUAAUUUUUUUGUAUGAAAAGCUAAAUUUACAAUUAUUUUUCUAUGAGCACAGUUCACUUUGCUAUACAUUUCGUCAGUUGAUCACAUUUCAUGAAAAAAUUUCUAAAAAAGAUAAAAAUUCUUCCGUGAGUUCUUCCGUUGAGUUAUUCCGCUCAACUCUGGUUAGACAUAUGCUCAGGGCUCGGCAAUUGACCGGCCCUUGACCUGGAUCUUUAAACCACUUGCAAUGAUCCGAUCGGCGCCAAACUUUGCAGGAUUGUUGGACUUGGAUUGAGGGCCAUUGGGUCCAAGUCUCAGCCCGAUCGGAUCAUCUGGUCCCGAGAUAUGUGGAUCAAUGGCCGAAAGCCCGGGCUUUUUUGGAAAAAUCGGUCAUAUCUCGGGAUCCGACGAUCGGAUCAGGCUGAAACUUGGUCCCAAUGGCCCUCAAUCCAAGUGCAACAAUUCUGCAAAGUUUGGCGCCGAUCGGAUCAUUGCAAGUGGGUUAAAAGUCCAGGUCGAGGGCCUGCUUCAAUAUCUUAUCGGAAAAGUUUAGUGGUUCCGUUUGUGGAGGAGAAUCUCGAGUUCCAGACGGGCGUUUUCAUUUCGAGACGUCACUUGCUCACUUCUUCGCACAUGUUCGUCUAUUGGGAGUGAGUGCCGCAUGCCCGAUGCGCCGCCGGCACCAUCACUUUCAGACCUGGCACUUCACGCUGGCACUACCAAUCGACAAAACUGCCAGUGAACACGGAUCGUUGCGCGGACGCGUCAAGCAGCGAAGAUUUCAAGCUGAAACUGUCCGGGGCGAUCGUUUGGGACCAGUGGAAGCAGUGGAGAGAGCCCGUCGACGCCGUGUGGCUCCUGCAAUUCUGCAUCCACUACAAGAGCAAAGAGGCCACCCGACACGGCUUCCUGACGAUGAUUUCGGUGGAGCACGCGUGGCGACGAGUUCCCGAAAUCUGUCUGCCCAGGGGUAAGAGAGACACGACUGUACGAGGCUCCGAACGUCCGGCCACUUUUUUGCUGUUGUUGCAGUCUCGACAGUGGUGAAGAGCAACGAGACGUUGAAGUGGUUUGGAGUGGUCGGCGAGGGGCGGCACAUGAAUGCGGGCACGAUUUUCAAAGAAAUCGGAGAGAGAAAUGUGACGGUAGGCGGAAAACUGUCAAACUAGGCGCACAAAUCAUCGUGCAAAUCAGAGUUGCCACGGGCCGGGCCGAAAUUUUCAAAACUCCGGCCCAGUUCAAAAAGCGGGAAUCCAAAUUUUGAAUUAUUGAUUAAAUGAAAUGUUUGUUUUUCGUAGAACUAACGAAUUUUGCAAGUAUCGAGCAUUAAAAAAACAAUUUAGUUCUCUUUUUUUAUAUUAAAAAAAUUUUUUUAUAAAAAAAUUCAGUAUAAAGAAAAACGGCGAACAAAUCAAUGGUUUACACGCCGCAAUCCGAAAGUUGGAAAAAAAUGGCUAAAGAGCGCGCGCGACCGUAAUGUCGGAGUGUCGUAGUUUUUUUAAAUUUUGAUCCCCGCAAAAACGAAAAAAAUAGAUUUCCCCAAAAAAAUUUGAAUUCGCGCCUUUUGAGCCGGGCCGACCGGGCCGGGCCAGCAGAUUUUCGGCCCGGCCCGUUAUUUGGCAAGUCUGGUGCAAAUUGUUCAGGUGCGCACGUGUUCGCACAGCAAAACGCGAGUGCAAUCGGUGAUUUGCACGACGGGCAUCUCGUGUGCGAACGGCCGAGGCGCGCCGCUCGUCAAAAAGCACUCGGACGGAACGGACAUUCUCGUCGGCGUCGGCACUUCGGCCAACUGCGAUCCGAAACGCGUGGAUCGAUUCCACGACAUUCAGAGUUACAUGAAGAGCUUCUGCGUCAGCGAGCACAUUUGCGCGCGCGAGCCCGUCUCGAUCGGACUCAUUGCGGCGGAGGAGAAUGAGAGACAGGUGAGCAUGGCCGACGACGACUACAUUGAAAUCGUGCCGGAACCCGAGAUUCUGCGAAUUGCCAACACGUCUAGAACGGACGACGCUGAUUCAGCAAUUUUGAUGGGAGUUUUGAUACUUUUCGCUUCAUUUGUGCUGGAAUAAAUUUCCACUUUCUUGUUGGCACUCAAAAAAAAUUUUCGCGCGCGCUUUUUUGCGUGCGGCUCUCAGUGUCGAUUUACGGGACACGGUUUUUGAACUGAAAACGAUGUUUUCCCGAGUUUUUGGGAUUAUGCACACUUUUCCUUCAAAGCUUUUGCCUCACGUUUGUUCAUAUGACCGAUAGCUACAAAAUGAUCACAGAGUGCUCGUGUAAUGGUGAAAAUUCGAAGAGUAAUUUCGUUUUUUAAAAUAAAAUUAAAAAAAAAAGUUUUUUUAAAUAAAAAACAGUUGACAGAAUCAAAAAACAGUUCAAUCACGAUUGUUCAGCAGACAAAGGCGGUCAUUUUGAGCACAGAGACGGCCCAUAAAAUGCAAAAAUGACUGAGAAAUUUCAGUUUUUGAGGCGCCGGACUGAAAUUCGCAGAAAAGUGUAAUAAUGCGCGCUUUCUUGUGGGCAAAACGCUAAUUUAAGGUCACAGCUGUCAUUAACAAUUCGGAAAUUCUCUGUUCUACUUCAUUUUUCUCAUUUUUGGAUGAAAUUUCGGGGUUUUCGGAAAAAAAUCCAGAAAUUUCAACAACACUCCGUUUUAACGCGGCGCUCAAUUUAGCAUUUUAGCUGCUGGGGAGGGAGACAGUGAAGCACUGUUUGUACGUGUCCCCGCGCCACGUCAUCCGUUCUUCGGAUCCACGUCAUCCGAUCAGUGUUCGGUGUUUCGAAAAUGAGAAUUCUCGUGAUAAUAGCAAUAGUCAUCCUUGUUAGCAAUAUCGAGUGCGGAAAACUGACGAUUCAAGAGAACAAUGAACGAUUGGCGACGUGUGGAAAGCGAAAACUUUGUGAAUUUCGGAGCAUUUAUGCGUGAAACGGAUAUUCAAUUUGCAGCCGUAAUCAAGGAUUUCAAAGUGAACGACGCCGCUAAACCGAUCAAUAUUCCCGAGGAUUCGUGGCUUGUGAGAGUGCACAACAUUAGUGAGUCGCAUGUUAAAAAGAGCCAACGUUUUCGAAACCCUUCCAGACAACCACAAUGAGCUGCCGAGCCACGAUUCGCCGGGGAGCAUCGUUUCCCAGCGGCACGUGCUCACUUCGGCUCAACCCAUUCUGACUAGUGCGCGCAAAUGGGCGAUGGACGGGCGCGAAAUGAGCACUGACACUGGGUGUGAUGGCAGUUUUGAGGUGCCGGAGAAGUACACGAAAAACAUGAUGAUCAGUGUGGGAGAGUGUCCGGAAAACCCGGCGAAUUGUACGCGGCGAGAGUUGGCACCAAGCCAGGUACGCUUCAAAACGUCAUUUGGCGGGCCCAGUUUUGACGUGAUAAUUUGGGCAGGCUUGGAUCCUGAAAUAUUGUACUGAAAAUGAGCAAUAUGAGCGGAUGGCUGCUGUGAUGCUCGUCGAACUCGAAACGUCCUACGGCGGUGCGUUUCCGUGUCUGGUCGGAGAGGAGAAACUGGAAGAGACGGAUGAUCUUCACUUGUACGGAAUUCAAUAUCCGGAGGGACAGUACGAGAAUGGAAUGAUUACCUAUAAAAUGUCAAAGGUUCCUCUUGUUCAAGACGAUAUAUCUCAGCUGCCUGAAGAGACAUCAAAAAGUUGUCAAUUGAUAAAUUGUUCAUUAAAACAUUGGCUGCAUUUUACUAGUUGACAACUUUUUGAUAUCUCCGCAGGUAGCCGAGAUACACUGUCUUAAAGGAACGAUAUUGACGGAAUUUCAAUUGCAGCUUACCGGCUACUAUCCCCCAUGGAUUUUCAUCGAGAAAAGUUAUGAGCCAGGAAAUCGCGGAGGUCCAAUGGUUAAAAUGGAUGUCAAGACGACUGUCUUCGGAAUCAUGGCGUCUGGUAGGCGGUGCGAAAUUAAACGACUACUUUUGAACCGAAUGUCGUUCAGGCGGUUUCAAUGAUUUGGCUAGCAAUACGUACUAUUACGACAUUCGAGGUUAUUACGAUGUGUUGGCCGAGUACGCGGGAAUUCUUCAAAAACGAGAGCAAAUCGUGACGACUUUGGCUCCGAUCAUAGAUCCACCCUCUUCCACACCUCCAUCACCAACCAAUCUAACAAUUAGGCCUACGGACGAUCGUACUCCAACUCGAUCUUCUACCCGCGAACCGGCCCCAACUCCUGGUCCACUCAAACCGGAUCCGACGACGGAUCCGCCGCAAAAAGAGAGAAAAGAGGCGGAAAAGGUGUACGACGAGGAGGAUGCGGACACGGAUCUCUACGUGUCGGAGGACUUUUUGGAUGGAGCAAGCGGACGGAGCAAGCAGUGGAUCGGCGUCGCACUUUUUCUGAUUUUCACGUUCUGA